AUGGACUACAUCCACACGCCUGCGCAAACCUACGAAAGCACAUUCAUGACCAAUGCUGGUGGCAGACUUGAAGAUGUAUCCCCCGAGAAAUCCUUCCACGUCCCUAGCCAGGGUGGCGACUUGGUAUCUCAGAUGCGAAGCGCAAAGCUACAUUCGGGAGCCAAUCUCAAAACGCCCAGGGCCGGCACGCGAGACCCUCUUCGACUCCUACCCAACGUCAACCAAGGCCGCUCAGAAUUCACACCCUUCUUGAAGAGUGGCACCAAGAACAACAUUGCUAGGCGACUGUCCAGCAGGAAACAACCCGCGUCAAACACACCUUCGUAUCUCAACGGGCGAACUCCUGCACUCCCGCGACUGAGCGACCUGUCGCGUCUGGAGGGCGAAUACACCUCGAGCUCGGCCGGGCGUGCAGUCGACGAUACUCCGAUACCUCAUCACCCUAGCAGCAGCGUCAAAAGUACCCCUCUUGCGCAGCUACCUACUCGCGAUGGCGGGGGGCUUGUUAAUGACGGGAAUAUGAUGACCCUGCGGGAACAGGAAGGUAUUAUAGACAAGAUUGAAAAGGAGAAUUUCGGUCUGAAAAUGAAGAUCCAUUUCCUCGAAGAGGCUCUGUCGAAGCGGGGGAACGAAUUCAACCAAGCGGCACUCAAGGAGAACACGGAUCUAAAAGUCAAUCGAAUCACCAUGCAGCGCGAACUACACAAGUUCAAGAAAAACAUAGCACAGGCGGAAAAAGACGCGGAAGUUUACCGAUUACAACUGGAAGAAUUCAAGGAGCGCAUUAGGCGGAAACAGUUUGACGAGAAUGUCCGCCACGAGCUGGAAACCCUACGUUCAGAAUUGAGAGAGAAGGAUGAGGAGAUCAAAGCUCUGGCUGAGGAACGGGACCAUGUUGCAAGUCAAGAUCGGUCUGAAGUUCAGAAGUUGAGAGACGAGAUCGAAGACUUGCAGGCCGACCUCCGUGAGAAGGAACGUAUCGCUGAUGAGCGCGAGGACCAGAUCGACGAGUUGAAGAUGAAGGCUAGCAAAGAAUCGAACAGUGCUGCGGAAAUCGAAGAAGACUUGGAAUCUGCUAAACAGGAAAUUGAGGACCUCAAGCAGAGCCUCGAUCGCGCAAAAGAAGAUCUGAAUGAAGCGCAAGAGGAAAAGGAAGAGGCUCUGGAGGAGAAACGAAAAGCAGAACAGGACCUGGACGAGUUACGCGACGAGAUGGCCAACAAGUCGUUCACAACGAAAGGUUUGAGCCGGCAACUAGAAGAAAAAGCAAACAAGCUGGAGGACGACUUCCAGAUUCUGCAAGAACAGCACGACGCGCUCCAGGCAGAAAUGAAUGAGAAGACAGAAUCUGAGCGGCAACUACGGGACCGCGUUCGUGAACUGGAGCGGGAAGGUGCAUCUGACCUGCGAAAGCUUCAGCAAGAGGUCGAGCUCUCACAUCAACAGCGUGACACUCUAGAGCGGAAGCUGGCAAACACGACCAAACACCUUGAGACUGUGGAACGAGAAUUGCAAAUAAAAGUGGAGGAAAAGGAUUUGCUUCAGACACGACACGAUGCUCUGACCAGAGAAUCAGCCGAGUUACAAAAAGAUCUCAACCAGUUGCAGAAUGCAAAUGCGGAGCUUGAGAACGCGCUCGAGGAGGAACGACAAGUUUCGGCAAGGAAAGAAAAUGAUCUGCUAUCCCGACACAGAAAUGAAAUUGACCUUCUUAACGAACAGAUCGACGGCCUCCAUCGCGAAGUGAAUGCCAAAGCAAACGAUCAUGCAGCAGACUUAGAAGACUGGGAGUCCCAGCGCAAGACUCUUGAGGCGGCUUCUCAAAAGGCAGAAGAGAGGGCCAGAGGAUUGCAGCGUACCGUCGAUAAGCUGCAGGAUGCUCAGGGCACUUUGUCGGGACGGGAAAUGAGACUCCAAGAGGCGAUUGAGAGUGAGAAGGAACGUCACCGACAAGAAGAGAUGAUUCUCUCCAAGCAGAUUGAAGAACUUCAACAAGACCUGCGAUCCAAGCGAAACCUGGCGGAUGACAGCCGUACAGAAUUGAAUAAUGCCAAGGAAGAAUUGCGCAUUUCUAUCCGAGAGCAAGCAGCUUUGAAAGAGAAAGUUGCAGAGUUGGAGGAGGAGAUUGAAGUUCUGCAGGCAGAUAUCGAGCAAGAGCAUGAGUUCGCAGAAAGACAGCAACAGAAAUAUUCUACCAGUGCGGAUGCACAGGUCCAAAAGCUGCAACGAGAGAAGCAAGCGUUACAAGAGCAGCUGACGAACUCCAAUGUGGAACUACAUGGUGCGAGAACAGCGCUCCGGUCUGCAGAGCAAGAACGGGAGAAACUCGAGGCGGCAGUCCAGCGUGUGCAGAAGCCUUACGAUGACACUUUCAAUGUUGACCAUGAGAAGCGUGAACUGAAGCGCCUCAAAGUCAAACUGGAGGCCGAUGUGGCGAGACUCACUACUGAGCGUGACAACCUUGCUGAGGCAAACAACGCUCUCGAAGAUGAGAUCAAUGCAGAACUUGAAAGAGCCAGUAAGGAGGAAGUGCGUCUCCAUUCGGAACUUGACAAUCUUCGCUCGCAAAAGUCAAGCGCUUGGGAAACCCGAGAUCGAGAACUCAGCAAUUCGAAAGCUAAGAUUAUUCGCCUGGAAGCACGCAUCAAAGACCUCGAAUCAUUGUUAGAUAAUCAGACCAAGGUUGUGAACUCGCCGCACGCGGAUCUGACGGGACUCACUCGAGACCUGGCAGAUGCGAGGAAGAACGAAACAGCUAUCGCCAAGCGGGAGGUUGAACUCAAGUCGGCCAACAGAGAGUUGAAGAUCCGAAUCAAUGAUCUUGAGAGAGAACUUCACGAGUCAAAGCUUGCUCAGUACAAGGCAAAGUCACCGUCCCUAUCACCUCCACCGCCACAUUCGAAAGAGAUAGCAAAGAUCCGACAAGACCUUGUCGAUGCUCAAGCAGAGGUCAAGGUCCUUUCUUCGGAGAAUCGUGAACUUAGACGUACGACGCGUCGAAACGGCACAGAUGUCGAGGAACUUGUGUCACUGAGAUCUCGCGCAGAGGAGAUCGAGGCCCUCGAGCUUAAGAUUGCCGAGCAGAAUGAUCUCAUUGACGAGCUGCGCGACCAACUCGACCGUCUUCAAGAGGAAGAUCGCGAUGGGGUCUCGGGCGGCGGUCCGAGUAGACGCGACCGGCAAGUCGACGAGCUCAAAGCCCAAGUUAAGCGACUGCGUGAGGAACAAGAAUCAUCCGUCCAUGACCUUUCCAUGCGUCUGUCGGUGCGGAGCGGAGAGGCACGAGAAAUGAAGCAACAGCUGCGUCGACUUCGGGAGGAACGAACCCGAGCAAACCAAAAGGCCGAAACGGUCGAGAAUGAACUUGAAGUUCUACAGAACAAGUACGAAAGUAUGCUCGAACGACUCAGCUCGGGUAAAUCGUUGGUGAAGGACGAGGUUCGACAGAAGGAAGUGAGAGGUCUGAUCAAGGAGGUGAUUUGGCUGAAGGCCAAGUGCCGACGGGAGGAAAGGUUGAGAAAAGAUUUGGCGUGGAGCAAAGCGUUCCUCGAGCAGGGUGAAGCAAUGAGAGUGCAAUGUAACCAAGUUGAUCUACGCAUUCUCAACGAAAUGGGCGUUUCCGUGGACAAAGCCAAGUACGAGACGAGACUGAGGCCUGUCCAGAAAUUCCGCGCCGGCGUGUUUGCCGUGAUGGCAGCGAUAAGGAUGAGUAAUUUGGAAGAACAGUGGAGAGACGCCAGGAUCAUCGGAGACGAGGUGAAGUUGAUCCGGGCGAAACAGGCCAGUAGGACAAGAUCAAGGGGUUUGGGAGGAAAGGUGUUGGAAGUAUGA